GCUGUUGGCAAAAAAUACAGCGUGGAUGCGCGUGUAGUCGGCUAUAACCUAGGGUUACGUGGCUGAAGCACUGUUACCGCUCUUACCACGCGUAGCACAUUUCGUCACCAGUUCUCCGGCUGCGGUAGGAGCUGCGCAAGGGAGCGAAGCAGUAGCUGGAAACAGCCGCUGCUCGCGCCGCCCGUCCCAGCAAGACGGGUAAGAAAAACAAGCCCAAGCGGCCCGCGCCGUCGCCGGAGGUCGCCGGCGGCGAGCCGGCGAGCCCCGGGUCGCGCCUCGACGCGGCGAGCGCCGCGGCGCCCGCGAUGGCCGCGCCCCAAACCGAGGCGGCCCUGCCCGACGUGGUUGCGUCACCACCACCGCCCCCGGUGAGCCAGAGCCCCAAGUACCCGGCCAUGAUGCAGAGCGGCGGCGCGACGCUCGCGGUGGUGGACGAUCCCAACCAGCCCGCGCCGGCCCCUACAAACGACCUGGGCCCCCUCGCGCCGCCGCCGUUCCUCGUGCCUCCUUCCGUACAGUCGGCGCAGGACGUGGAACGGAAGGUCGAGUCCUUCGACGCCGCAUUUGCUCCCCUCAGAAAUUUGACGGCCGAUGAUGUGGUGGUCGGCUGCUCGGCGCACGGCGCGGACUUCAUGGGCGAGUCGCGGGAUCACUUAAGGAGGUUCAAGGCCCACGCGGCGAACGUGGACCUGAGCCAGGGCGCGGCGGGCGUCGCGGCGUCGCUCGAGGCCGGCGAGCUCGCGAACCUGCCGCUCGCGGGCGCCAAGGGCGCCGUGGGCCUGUCGUUGUACUCGACGGCCACCGUGGCGCGCUUCGCGCCGGCCGUGGCGCGCGCCAUCGGCGCGAAGCUCGAGGAGUGGCGCGUGGCCGACAAGUAUGUGGUGGUCAAAACCGUCGUCGUCGAGCAGGCCAAGAAGGGGUUCUCCCUCGUGGCGAGCGGCGCGCGGAAGGGCUGGGCCUUCGUCAAGGGCAAGGUCGACGAGGCGCGCGGGACGCCGCCGCUCCCCGUCGCCGAGGCGCCCGAGAAGGCGUAGGAUAUUCCCCCCCGUCCCCGUCCCCCCUAUCCCUCCCGUUCUAACGUACGAAGAAGAUU